AAGCGCAUCGAUACGUUAGUGCGGGCUACGGCAGCCAGUAGGCCACUACUUCGACGCAGGACUACUGCCCGCAAAGGACUACCGCCCGCAAGCGCGCGCAUUGCUAGGAUGAUCCCCGACGACGUAGCCGAAGCGGCCAGGUACGCGGACAAGGACGAGGUGGCGGCGUGGCUCGACGAACACCCGCAGUCUGUGAACGACGUUGACACCGAUGGAACGUCUCUGCUUCACGUAUGCCUAGCAAGGGACGGAAAUUACGACGCCAAUCGACUUGACCUGGUCAAGUACCUCAUCAGUCGUGGAGCGGACGUUAACCGCAUUGCCGUAGGGGAAGAAAACGAGGGCCUUUGCCCGUUGCAUCUGGCCUGCGGCGGCAAGGGGACAUUUGCAAACAAAUUUGUGGUCCUAUUGAUCGGCGCCGGUAGCCAGGUAAACCGGAGAGUAGCUGGCGGGGAAUUCCCGGACCGCUUUGGAGCGCUUACCCAGGUAAUAAGGAGUCCGCUUGGAGCAGCAAUUGACAGCUUCUUGUGUGAUCGUGGUCACAGCGGCAAGCUCGCCAUGGUCUGCAUUUUGCUUCGCGCUGGGGCGUCCCUGGACAACUGCGCAGGCGAUAAUUCGGCUGAGGAGUUGGUGACAGCGGAAGAACAGUAUAAGAACUUGAUUAAGGGAAACUGGCACUUCGCGGCUCUUAAGACGUUGAUCAAGGAUGUGAGCGCGGCGGGAUCCUGGAAAAAGUACUGCCGGAGACGGGGCCCGCACCGCGAGAUACUGGCGCUACGGAGUCUCGCGAUGCGGGGCUACAUCACUCCGUAUCAGAAGCGUCGCAUGCGAGGGGCCGACUGGAAGGCGGCCGUCGCGUUCGUCGCGCGCCUCGGCGACAACGGGGUGGUGUGGAACAUCCUGUCGUUCUGGCGCGACCCCGACGACGUCGAG